AUGGCUAACAAUAUUCAUGGUUUAGGACACAGUGGAAGCGAUGGGUUUCGCUCAGAACUUGUGCGGGCUUUGUACAAUAUACCUGUUGUGACUAGGUAUCUUAUCUCAGCGGUCGUGGUUGUGAAAGUUAUAACUCGUCUAUUUGUGACUCCCAAUAAUUAUGUGUAUUACAAAUUUAGUGAUAUGCUGAAAUACGCGCAGUUUUGGAGACCUUUCACAUCGUCGAUUAUGUUGCACCCCGAACCAAUGGCUGCCAUGUUGGAAUUUUAUACCUUGUAUUCGAGAUCUUCGCAGCUUGAAUUGCGCCGUCAGAGACUGGAUUAUGUAUUUUACAUGGUUUUUUGCAUCAUUGUGAUGUCUUUGAUGGUUCCUUUAUGGUAUGGAAGCUCUAACACUGUUAUUCUGACAAGCGGGUUUAUCACAUGUCUCACGUAUUCGUGGUCUUUAGACCACCUUAAUGUGAACGUUAUGGUUUACGGACUGUUCCCAAUUCGGGGCAAGUUUUUCCCACUGAUCCAAUUGCUCAUUGACUUUUUAUUCUUUGGUCAAUGGUUCCCGAUCACCGUUAUGGGGUUCCUCACGGCAUACCUAUACUGUUGCCUCGAUACUGGGACUCUAGGACCACUCUACGGUUGGGCAACAGGAGCGUCAGAAUACUACGGGAUCUCCCCUAACGGGAAGUUUGGUGCACCCCAAUGGCUGCACAGGCUAUUGCAAGCUUCGCGCAAUCCUUCCUCAGUGAUUUCGGCAAGAUCAGGAGGCCGCAAGCUUGGAUUUAAGGACCAGGAAACGACCAUACCAACGACUGUUACGACAACUUCUGCUUCAAGAAACUCAUCAACGGCUGCUCAACGUCGCGCAAAGACUUCAAUCUUCCCAGGAUCUGGUCAAAGACUCGGGAACUAA